AUGAAUAAUCUUGGAAUUUCAAAUAAUAGAUUUCAAUAGAAAGCAUAAUAAAAAAGAUAGAAAUCUCCUAAUCAACCUCAUCCCAUUUAAUAACCUUCAAUAAACAACACUAAUAAUAAUGAUAAUUAUGAUGUUGAAAUAACACCUGAUCUAAUCAAUUCUAAUUUUCAUGUUCCAAUCUUUCAAGACCCUAAAUUGAUUGAUAAUCUAUAGAAAAGACAAUGA